AGAACAAAUGGUCGAAUAACUUAAUACCUAUAUUAAUCAAUCAUAAUAUAUCUAUUCUAAAGAAGUAUAUAAUCAUUCUAAUCAAGAUCUAUUUCUACCUUAGCCAUAUCUUAAAAUUCGAGUAGCAAUAUAAAUAUCAUUCACGCAAUGCAUAGAUGAUUGCCAAUGAUGGAUCUAAAUUGUUUCCUCAAGUUUUUAUUGGUAAUGAUAAUACUCCUCCUAGGGUUUCUUGCUUGGCUAGAAAACAAAGUAGCAAACUCAAAUGAAGUAAUGGAAGAGGUGAUGCAAGUGAGUGAUGAAAUAAACCUAUUAUUUGAAGAGGAUUCUGAGGAGAAUAAAUUAAGUGAGUUUUGUGUUUGUUCCUUUUGUGGCAAAUUAAGAAACAUAAUCACAAGAUGCUCACGAUGUAAAAAUGCUAUAUAUUGUUCAAAGGCAUGCCAUGUCAUGCAUUGGAGAUUUUUCCAUAAAGACGAAUGUGUUGAGAUAAUUUCUCCAGAAGAUCACGAGGAAUCAUCUUUUCAUGGAGCACAAUGCUUUCUUUUGGAGCCUGAUAACGAAAGCUCAUUCAAUGAAGAUGAUGAGGGAGAUGUUUACUCUAUUGAAGGAGGAGAAAAUAGGGAUGAGUCGAUUAAAGAAACAGUAAGAAAGUUUCAAGAUGAUGGAUGUGCAGUUUGUGGAAAUUCAUGCUCCAAAAAAUGCUCAAGAUGUAAAGCUAUAAAAUAUUGCUCACAAACAUGCCAACAUUUUGAUUGGAAAUCAGGACAUAAAUUCCAAUGUUGUGUUAAGAAAACAUCAACUCAAGACUGGCCUGCCAAUAGAAAUGUUAUAAUGCCUCCAAAUUUAGAUGAAGUGAAAGAUGAAGAUUAUUCAUAUGAUCCUCUUUGCUUGGAAUUUUAUUCAGAAGAAAACACAAACACCAAAGCUCUGAUUUUAAGUUCUCAGGAAGCUAGCAACAAAGUCCAGGAAGUUGAAGAACAAUUGAGAAACCUAAAACAAGAAUUAGAAAUUAUCAGAAGUGAAAAUAUAUCACUGCAAUCAAAGAAUAACUAUUGGAAAGUUAGAGCAAAAUAUUCUGCUGAUAGACUUUACAAUUUCAAAAAAGAAAAUGAACAUCAGUUGUUUCUUUUGAAGAAUGAAAAUGAAUUAAUAUCCAAUGCUGAGAAACAAGCUCGUCAAAUGGUUACUAAUUUAUCUCAAAGAAUACACAGUUUGCAGAUUUCAGUUGAAACAGAAGUGGCAGAGAGGAAAAAACAAGAACAAAUUAUACAUAUGCUACAGAAUGAGUGUAAUAAGGCUAAAAGAGAGUUUCAAGAGCAAAACAAUUAUGUUGAAAGGCUUAGGCAGAAGCUUGAUAAUGUCACUAAAUUUCCUAUGAAAAUAGCUCAAGAGUCAGGGGAAAAAAUAGCCAUUACUUCCAGUGUAAUGUCAACUGGUGAAUCCAAAGUUCCUGCUGUUGAGGUAUCCAAGACAAUAAGUUUAAGCAGAAAUCCAAGCUUGACUAGUCAGUGUUGUACAAUUUGCUUAGGCAAUGAGAAGGACAUGGCCUUCGGUUGUGGACACAUGACUUGCAGAGAGUGUGGAUCAAAAAUUCGCAAGUGUCACAUAUGUAGAAAGAAAAUCACCAAUCGUAUCAGAUUGUUUCCUGGCUGAUUGACAAUGGAGUCGAUAUGUGCAUCUUAUGCCACUGACGAGCCUUAAUGUGAUCAAAUCUUGACAAUUAGAUAUUACAAUAAUUUGUCAAGAUAAAAAGUUACACAUACUAUAUUAUCACCAUAUAUAUCUAUGUUUUUAUGUAUUUAUGUAGGUAUGUGUAAAUAUGAAUGUAAAAUGUUUUUGGUACAAUCCUCUUUGUUUGUUGAGGAAAAUAGAAAUGCAACUAAAUGAAACAUCAAGAAAGGUUCUUAACCAAGAACAGUAACGAAAUCAGAAAGUUGUGUUUUCUGACAUUAAAUUAGAAUAUUCAUAUGACCUGUAAGCUAUUUUUUAUAAGAACUACCUCAUAUAACAUUAGAUUAUGA